AUGUACGUUUAUAAAUACUCUCACUUUGGAAAUCAUAUCUCCAAUUACGCAGAAAGUGCACAUGCUUCCCUCAAGCAUUCUCUUGGUACCUCUUCUGGUAAAUUGAUGACAGUGACACUAAAAGUGAAAAAGUGGUAUCAGGAACUGGUUGAUGAUCGUAAAUGCAGAUUAAUGACAGAGUGUCUUGGAGAGAGUACAGAAGUUGUGUUUGACAAAGUCAAUGGAGCGAGACUAAAUAACAUUCGUCAAAAAAUUAGCUGCUUUGCAAUGUACAAAAUCAAACUAGAACUAUCAAAAUCAAUCAUAUCUGAAAAAUUUAUCAAAGAGUGCAAAUGCCUCUUAUAUUACAACUAUCUCCUACCAUACUAUUAUACACUCGCUACUUUUAAUACAAUUCCAAUUUCCCUAAUUCCAAGAUGCUGGAGAAAAGAUUAUCUAGAAGGAGAAGAUAAUACAUAUAAUAACCACUUGACAAUUAACAACGCAGAACCAGUACCAGCAAACAUUACUAAAAUAACAACUAUAUUGCCUCAAUUUGAUUAUGAUCUUAAGCUUGUUCAUGAAGGCUUUCACAUUACACACAGCAAACAAAAACAAAUAGAUAUACAUAACUUAAUAAAAAACAUACUAGAAAAAAUAACCAAGCAGGAACUUGAGGAUCUUAAUAGUCCAACAAUAGUAAAAGCCAUCAAAGGCCAACCCAAAAAUACAAAGCGUAAAAUGAUUGCAUUAGAGCACUGCAUUGAAACUAAAAAAGAAAAAGAUACAAAAAAAUUAAAAUAA